GCGAAAAUGAAAGCAUCAGAUAGUCUUUCAAGAUUACCAGGCCUUGGAGCAGAGAUGAGCGCCCAGUAUGAAGAGCUAAAUCAGAAUAGACGUGAACAGGAAAACAGUUAUGAUGCUAUUCGAACACCAAACAAAAACAGAAUUUCCGGCGCCCAGUAUGAAGAGUUAAAUCAGAAUAGACGUGAACAGGAAAACAGUUAUGAUGCUAUUCGAACACCAAACAAAAACAGAAUGUCCGGUUCAACAUAUGAAGAUCUGCAACCCCAGAAAGAAGAAAGCAAGUAUGAAAAAUUUACAAGUCCUAAAGGUGGAAAAGACAGUGUAUAUGCGAAUUCGAAGAUGCUAUCCCAAGGAAAUGUAUAUGUGAAUACGUCCUUUAAAGACAAUUAGAAUAUAUGGUACCUAAAAUAUUUUUUUAAUUCUAAUAUUUUUUACUGUAAAGAGUAAAGAAUCAAUCAGUAAUAUUUAUGAUCGCCAUAGUCAGAGUUUAUAGAAAAUUUCAUGCUUGCCUAAAUUGCCAUACAAAUUAGUUUUGUUUGUUUAUUGUUAUUGUUUGUUUUUUAUGCAGAGAUAUUGUAUAUGCGAUAAACAACUUUUGCUUUUGUUUAGUCAUAUUUUUUUAUCAUUUUGUCUAAAAAAGAUUCAUAUAUGAAAAUCGAUGUACACUUACUUUGAAAAACUGUUCUUUAAACUUUGUUAAGAAUGUUAAGAAUAUAUACGAGUAUUUAUAUACAGUGUAUAUAUAUAUAUAUUUUUUUUUAAAGAAUGACGUUGAUACAUAAGGACAGGGGGCCUGUUUUACACAGUAUUUAUGACUAAGGCCAAACUAAGUUCUGCCCUUAACUUUUUAAUUUCCAUUGAAUUGAAAAAUAUUAUUGAUCUAAAAAAAAAAAUAAAAAUAAAGAAAUACAGAAACAUACGAGGGUUAUCCUAAAAAGUCGUAGACAGGUAAAACAGUUUUGUUUCUCUUUGCCUUAUUAAAUUUCUUUCCUUGUCAUAGCAAAGAGUAACAUUUUAUGAUCGUGCACUUCAAGUUUCAUGAUGAUAUCACAUAAGAAAAUUAUGAAACAACAAAGAAAGAAUAUAAGUGUACACCGGCGCACGAAAGCAAGCGUAAAUAACGUCGCUUAUAACGUUUUGAUCUCUUUGUCUGCUUCACUAGCGGGUAUUAACAUUCAAUAAUUUUUUUUUAAGUGAUAGACCACUCUUCAUUAACGGACAUAUUCAAAUUCACAACUGUCCGUUUGUUUUUUUACUUGUUUGUUUGUUUGUUUUUUUUUUUUUGUUUGUUUGUUUGUUUGUUUUUGUUUUUUUUUUGAGCAGAUUCAAAUUUCAGUCGGAAUUUAGUCGAAAGAUCGCCUUGCAUUGUAGGCAUCAAAGAAUACAAAUUGUUUGACGUCGUUCGCGGUCCAGAUUUUUCCAAAUUGUCUGCGUUUAUCAAACAGUACUCUACUUCUUACAUGCCGUAAUUAACUAUUUUCGGCACAGAAGAAAAACUCUCAUUGAAUAUCGUGCAAAUUAAAAAUAACUUCUUUAUUAAAAUCUGGUGUGAUAUGUCACUUCUGUACUCUUUUUUCCCGUCCCCGAUGUAUAUUAACCAUAUCCAACACAAUUUAUUACAUCUCCGUGCGCCGACUACGCGUUUGACGACGUCAUUUUCAUCAAACUCAAUUUCAACGAUACUAUGAAAAUCAUGACACCAAUCGUCUGUUUCUAAUCAUAUUAAU